AUGAAGCCAUUUACUGGGAUUUCAUCUGUCGGAAAUGGACAUCCAAUUUUAAAACAUUCGAUGAUAGCCAAACACGUCAACCACGCGAAGCGUAAGACGUGCUCCAAUUCUCCGGUUCCAAUGCCGCAGAAAUGGUCGCGCAAUCAUCAAGAAGGACCGGACCCACUACAACUAGUGAGUGGUGAUGACAACAACCAGAAGUAA